AAUUCAAAUCAGAAACAAAAACAAAAUAUAUAUAUCAGCGAAUCAAACAACAAACUUGAGAGAAGCUGUGUUGGUAGUUUCGUGCUUGCGUGUUUUUAUAGAAGCUGCAUUCCCUCCUGGAAUGCAAAACUUCUCAUUUUCUUUUAAUUAAUAAAUUGAAUUACUUGGUCCAGUUCACAUUUCUCCGAUUCUCUCUCGAUCGGCUAUAUAAAGUAGUUACGCUAUCAAGUACUGAAAGAUGACGGUCACACCUAAGAUCUCUGUUAACGAUGGAAACUUAGUUGUCCAUGGAAAGACCAUACUGAAAGGAGUCCCAGAAAAUGUUGUGUUUACUCCAGGUUCUGGUAAUGGUCUUAUUACUGGCGGUGCAUUCAUUGGUGCUACAGCUUCCCAUACCAAAAGCCUCCAUGUUUUUCCCAUUGGUAUCUUAGAGGGGCUGCGGUUCAUGUGUUGUUUCCGGUUCAAGUUAUGGUGGAUGACACAGAGAAUGGGAACUUGUGGAAGGGAUAUUCCGUUGGAGACUCAAUUCAUGCUUAUAGAAAGCAAAGACAGUGAAGGGGAAGAUGAAAAUUCUCCAAUCAUCUACACUGUCUUGCUACCUCUAUUGGAAGGUCCAUUCCGAUCUGUUCUACAAGGCAAUGAAAAAAGCGAGAUUGAGAUUUGCUUUGAGAGUGGGGAUCAUGCUGUUGAGACAAAUCAAGGCCUUCACAUGGUUUACAUGCAUGCUGGCACCAACCCUUUUGAAGUUAUCAACCAAGCUGUCAAGGCUGUGGAAAAGCACAUGCAAACAUUUCAUCACCGUGAGAAGAAAAGACUACCAUCUUUUCUUGACUGGUUUGGUUGGUGCACAUGGGAUGCUUUCUAUACUGAUGUAACAUCUGAGGGUGUUGAGCAAGGCCUGAAAAGUCUAUCAGAGGGAGGUACACCUCCACGGUUCCUCAUCAUUGAUGAUGGCUGGCAACAGAUUGAAAGUAAAGCGAAGGAUCCUGGUUGUGUUGUACAAGAAGGAGCACAGUUUGCUACAAUGUUGACUGGGAUUAAAGAGAAUGUUAAAUUUCAAAAGAAAAAGAACGGCCAGAACAACGAACAGCCCGAGCAGACAUCGGGUCUUAAACAUCUUGUAGACGGAGUAAAGCAACAUCACAAUGUGAAAAAUGUUUAUGUAUGGCAUGCACUAGCUGGUUAUUGGGGUGGAGUGAAGCCAGCAGCAACUGGGAUGGAACAUUACGACACUGCCUUGGCAUACCCAGUACAGUCGCCAGGAGUACUCGGAAACCAACCAGACAUUGUCAUGGACAGCUUGUCUGUACACGGCCUCGGUCUAGUACAUCCGAAGAAGGUUUUCAACUUCUACAACGAGCUCCAUGCUUACUUAGCUUCAUGUGGAGUAGACGGAGUGAAGGUAGAUGUGCAAAAUAUUAUUGAAACCCUUGGUGCUGGACAUGGUGGCCGAGUCUCACUUACACGCAGCUAUAAUCAUGCGCUCGAGGCUUCCAUUUCUCGUAACUUUUCCGACAAUGGAUGCAUCGCUUGUAUGUGUCACAACACUGAUGGCCUUUACAGUGCUAAACAGACUGCCGUUGUAAGAGCCUCUGAUGAUUUUUACCCGCGUGAUCCCGCUUCCCACACCAUCCAUAUUUCAUCUGUUGCAUACAAUUCACUUUUCCUUGGAGAGUUUAUGCAACCAGAUUGGGACAUGUUCCAUAGUUUACAUCCAGCAGCAGAAUAUCAUGCUGCAGCUCGUGCAAUUGGUGGAUGUCCAAUUUAUGUCAGUGAUAAGCCAGGCAACCACAAUUUUGAUCUUCUUAAGAAACUGGUUCUUCCUGACGGUUCGGUUCUCCGUGCUAAGUUACCCGGCAGGCCUACACGCGACUCUCUCUUUGUUGAUCCGGCAAGAGAUAGGACUAGCUUGCUCAAAAUAUGGAACAUGAACAAAUGUAAUGGAGUUGUUGGUGUAUUUAAUUGCCAAGGUGCUGGGUGGUGCAAGGUAGAGAAGAAAACUCGCAUCCACGAUACAUCUCCUGGUACACUCACUGGUUCUGUUUGUGCCUCUGAUGUUGAUUUCAUCCACCAAGUAGCUGGUGCUGAAUGGCAUGGGGAGACUAUUGUUUUUGCUUACAGAUCAGGUGAGGUGAUUCGACUACCGAAAGGGGUUUCGAUUCCAGUGACACUAAAGGUUCUGGAGUUUGAACUUUUCCAUUUCUGUCCAAUCCAAGAAAUAGCGCCAAGUAUAUCAUUUGCAGCAAUAGGUCUAAUGGAUAUGUUCAACACUGGAGGAGCUGUGGAAGAGGUUGAAAUCCACACAGCCUCUGAUAACAAACAAGAACUAUUUGACGGCGAGGUUGUAUCGGAACUUACCACUUCUUCUCUUAGUCCUAACCGUACGACAACAGCAACUAUUGCUCUAAAGGCCAGAGGAAGUGGCAAGUUUGGAGUUUACUCCUCUCAGCGUCCACUGAAGUGCACGGUAGAUGGCGCUGUAACAGACUUCAACUAUGAGUCAGAGACUGGGUUGACAACCUUCUCCAUCCCAGUUCCUCAAGAAGAGAUGUAUAAAUGGUUAAUUGAGAUCCAAGUUUAAGUCAUCAACACUUGGUAUUAACUGAAUUCUGUAGGGAGAAGAGGUUUGUUGUAAUAAUUACCACACAUUUGGUAUCAUGUAGCUGAGAGAUGAGGAAAAUGGGUCUUUUGUUGUUGUAAUAUUAAUUAGAAGUCUAUUGUUUCAUGCAUGUAGUGGGGUUAAGUGAGGUUGAGGGUUGUUAUUGUAACUUAUAACUCAUGUAGCUGAGAGUUGCAAAUCAUGUCAUCAUUUAGGGAAAAGAAUGAUAUUCUAAUCCCAUAUGGAUGUAAUAUGCUUUCUUUAAAAUAAAAUGUUCACAUGUUUGAAAA